UGCAGAGGUGCCAGCAAACAGAAGGUCUCAGGCUCAGAGGAACAAAGGGUGAAGAGCAGAAAAAAUGUCAGCAGAGAAGCAUGAGCACUGUGACAAGUGUUACAACCGCUGCUGUCAAGUCCCAGUGCAGCGCUCUGUCUCGUGUUUGAUCACAAAAUGCAAUAAAAACUGUGGUGCCGUCUUCCACAUGUGCAAAGAAAAGGAACACCAGCUUCUCUGUCCCAAUGAGUCUGUCCCCUGUCUCAGCGCAUACUAUGGUUGUCCUCUUACCAUGCUGCGUCACAGGCUUUCCAAACACCUAGAAGUCUGUCCUGCCAGCAUUGUCAGCUGUUCUCAGGAAUGGAACCGCUGGCCUGUAGCUGACACAAAUUUGACCUUCUACAGAAACCUGUCAUGUAACCAAAAAAAUGAACAUUACCUGGAUGUUUCCACAGCUCUUGGGGACCAAGAGCUGCUCUUUCAGUCAGUCAAAAUGAAGAAUAUUUUUCCUGAGCUAAUAAUGAAUGGGGAUCCUGCAGACACUGACAAGGCUGCUGAGGUCAAAUGUUCUGCCGAUGGAGAAGACAGUUCAUUUGAUCACAGUGAAUAUACAGAAAAUCAAUUCAGAAUGAUGGAGGAAAAUGAACUGAGCCAGAAGGAGAGGAAUGCACUGGCAAACAACUGUGACAUGGAGAGUAUCCAAAACUACAGCUCCUGGGAGGGAAUAUUCAAGAAGGAAAUGGAGGCAUGCAAACAAACGGUCAAAAACCUGAAUAAACCAGCCAACUGUUACAAGUCUGCAAAAGAAGAAAAAGAAUCAGCGAAUGAGACCAGAGACACCCAGCAUGGACAAGCUGAGGCUGCUGCUGCAAACACAAAUGGUGCAACUGGCCUUGCACCUUGGCAAGAUGGGGUACUUGACAGGUUAGGAAGAGAAGUUAAUAUUGGUGAGUAUAACAUGUAUCUUGUGCACCAUGGAACAAUGUUGAUCACCUUUGGCCAACUUGCUGCAUGUACACCAAGAGAAAAGGAUUUUGUUUAUGGAAACCUGGAGCCUAUAGAGGUUCAAACUGUUCGGUCAUUUAAUGUCCCUACAAGUUACAGAGCAAAACGCAGUCUUCUGAGGGACCCCAUGCACAAACCACCGACUGAACACAAAACUGUUGAUACCACCGAGCUUGGUGUGUCAGUUGAAGAUUUACCGAAGUCUGAUGAGGUUGCUGACACACUCCUGUGCUGCUUGGAAAAUGAACUCAAAGGACACAUGAUAUCCGAGAGCACAGCAACAGAUGGCCUUUACAAAGAUGUGGGAACACAGACGUACAACUUUGUCUCUGCUCCGUUCAAAGCCAAUACAUCACUGGCUGAUGUCAUAGCAGGUAAACCUCAACAUCUUUACAUCAAUAUCGAAACAGAGUCAGUCACCAGAAGACAUAACAAAACAAGUUCAGCCUUCACUUACCUCUGUGGCCACGUGUUUCGCCGGGAUGAAUACUGCACUCAUUUUAAAAAUGUGCAUUUAGACAUACAAGCUUCUCUGAAUGGUUGGUUCCAACAGCGGUGCCCCUUGGCUUACCUCGGCUGUACUUUUGCUCAGAACAGAUUCCACCCUACCAGGCAUCAAGCUGCAAUCAAUUACUGUCGAGAUCUCAGAACCUUUGUCCUCCAUCCAGUUGUACCUUCAUCUCUCUGUGAAAGUGGGAAAAUUAUCAGCCCUUACAGAAAAACUGCUUCUGACUUGGAUCCUCUGAGCAGUUUUCCACUUGAGAUCCUUCAGCACAUUGCUACUUACCUUGACAGUUUCACAUUAUCCCAGCUGUCUCAGGUAUCCCAUCUGAUGAGAGAAGUGUGUGCUACAUUGUUGCACGAGAGGGGCAUGGUGUCUCUCAGUUGGGAUAAAAAGACAUAUUCCAAUGGAGGAACCUCAUGGAAAUGCCAAAAGAAAGUGUGGGAGUUCAGCUCUCUCUUUUCACCUGUGGACAGCUGGAGCUUCAGCAACAAUCCUUCGAUGUCAGAUCACCUGAAAAGCUGCUCCUUCUACCAGAGAGAGGAGCGCAGCGAGCCCGUGGCAUUAACCUGCCUGUGGGAGGCCAGAGACAAACACGGACAUGUACAGCAGUAAACACGAGGCUGUUGACACCAAACCUCAGUGGGAGGACUGCGUGUGAGAACUGCCAUGUUUAGGAUGACUGUUGUCUGAGAUGCACACUCCCUCAAAAUGGAAAGCACCUCUGUAUGUACAGCUAGAGCUGACACAUAUUUUACAUAUUUAUAUGUGGAAAAAUUCAUUUUGACAUAAACUACCUUUUUUCGAUUCUCAUCCUCUUGAGCUGUGAAUAUAACCCACUCACUGGAUUUUACAGU